GCUGAGGGGCGCGCGUUACGUAAGCUGGGUCAGUGGAUGGAUAGGAUAGAUGUCAGCGCGACGCGACGGUGCGCUCACGGGUCUCUCUCGGCUGCUCGCCCCGCUGGACACGACUUGAGGGAGACAAUGGGCAAUUGGAUCGCUACCUAUAUAACGCAUCCGGACACGAUGCCCGUGCCCGACGGCAAACCGACGUUCGACCCGAUGUUCGGAUUUCCGAACGGUCGAAAACCUAGGGUGAUACCAUAUUCGGAGGAAGAUAUGAUGGCUUUUAAGAUCCCCCUGGACAGACGCGAUUAUUGCGCCCACAAGUACAUGGACCUGCACGAGUGUAAGAGGCGCCAUUAUCCCUUCAUGAUAAAGUGUGCGCACGAAAGACACGAAUAUAACCGGUGCCACGUUGAAGAUUACACUAUGAGAUUGAAGGAAUACGAAAGGGAACGUCGCCUCCUCGAAAGACAAAAGAGGAUACAGCAGGCGGCGACAGCGUGAAAGUUCAUAGGAUUUUGAUAAAUCUUGUUCAUCGUCGUCGGUAACUUAGGCUGCACUUAUAUAAAAGCGGGAUUGUGCCCCGCCACUGUACAUAAGCUAUAUCAAUAAAAUGUAUUUAACAAUAAAUUUUCCACUUUGUGAAAUAGA